AUGAGAAUGUAUUGCUCAGAUGUAGCCUCUGUACAACUUCAGACUGUUCUUCCAUCCUCAGGCGGCCGCAACAUGGUCUCCAACUUGAAGCACCGUCAUGAUAUGACUAUGUCUGAUGUAAGACUUAGUGACCCCCAAAGACUCGAUGCCGCAAUUUCAUUGCUCUUCCCGCCCUCGGUUCGAGUCCAGCGAUCACAAGACCUCUUUGGGUGCGUUCAUUCCCUUCGUCUAUUAACGCUAUCGAACGGGGUGCGAUUGCUUUUGAAAUGCUCUCCUUUGCCUGGAACACCGCUCCUCCGACGGGAACGCCUCUUCCUGGAGACCGAAGCUCGGUCCCUGGUACUGCUAGGUCAAAGUGCAAACCCCUGCGUACCUCAAAUAUAUCACUAUGAUCCGCGCGGCGGUGCUCUUGGCUCUGCCCACUUGAUACGGCAGUACAUCAAGGGAAGAAGCCUGUUCGAGUUACAAGAUGAGAUCACCAGUCAACAAAAAAGAGACCUUGACCGGCACCUCGGCUUCCUCGCUAGCUCCAUCAGUCAAAAUGUUGCCUCGGCCUUCGGGUCUUUGCAGCAGGUAGCCAUGGGAGGCGGAAAGCGCUCAUGGAGAGAUGCAUUUUCGGCGCUUUUUGAAAGUGUUCUCCGCGAUGCAGAAGAUAUGUUGAUCCAUAUACCAUAUGCUGAAGUCCGACGCGAGAUGAGUCGUCUCUCGAGAGUCCUCGAUGAGGUUUCCUUGCCCCGUCUUGUUGUUGUCGACUUUGGCCGGCCUUCUCACGUGUUGAUAAACGAGAGGACCCAUCAAUUGACGGGGAUUAUUGAUUUCAGCAGCGCUUUCUGGGGAGACUUUCUCAUGGCUGAGAUAUUUGAACAUCCAAGUGCUUCUGUACUGGAAGGAGCUGGGUUGCCAAUGACAAGAUCCCGUGGUGAGCAUAUCAGAUUGUUAAUGUAUUCUUGCUACCGUCUUAUAUCGCGAAUCACGAUACAGUACUAUCGCAACCGGAACGACUCUGAAGAAAUUGAGGCGCGACGACGACUGAUGGUGAACAUUGCGGAGCUGGCUGCCUCCGAGUCA